AUGAAAAAAAAUCUCCCGAGGUUGUCUAAUGUGAAAUAUUCGGAGAAACUCAUCUGGGAAGCUACAGACAGUAACAGUUGGGGGCCGACGAGUGUGGAAUUGAAUGAAUUGUCGCACCUUACGUUUCGAAUCAAAGACCUUUCCAUUAUAUGUAAGUUGCUCAUCAAACGACUGAAGGGCACAAAUCCUGUUCAGGUGUUAAAAGCACUCACUGUUGUGUAUUUCUUGCUUCAGACAGGUUCUGGCGAGUUUCUUAGCUGGCUCUAUAGAGAAAAAUACCUUAUACGAUCUCUCAUAGAGUAUCAGGUUAAUACUACAAAAAAAAGAGAAGCACUAGCCAAAGUGUGCUCCAAUGUGAGGCAGAAGGCCAGUGACAUCUCGAGACUCUUGGACAAUAAAGAGCUUUUACUCGCUAAAAGGGACGAGUUCAGGAAUCUGCGACUUGACAUGAAGCUACCAACUCCCCGAUCAUCCAUUGAUCUUCCUCCUACUCAGACUACAGGCACAUCAGCAAAAAGUGAGGAACGAAGAGCUCGAUCUUUGGAUAUAUACAACAGAGGAGAUAUCGUUGAUGGUGUGGACGAGUUGCUAUCUAAUGCAAUUGUAUCUACAGAGACUGAAGAAAAGUCUCGAUCGCCAUCAUCACAAUCUAACCCAUCUUCUCCUUCAUUGGAUAAAGUGGUUUUCAGUUCUAGUAGGUAUCCUGACCUCUCGCAUACCUUGGCCAGUGUAGGCGCCGAUGGAAGAUCUAAAUUAAGUAAUAUAGCAGAGCUUGAAGAGGGGGCGGACGCCGCGGGUUCCCAUGGUACUACAAAGUACGAUCUUCAACCGCCUCUAACAGUGGUCGUCAGUGUUCCAGAAUCGGAAAACGUUUAA